ACAUAAGUCGAGGCUCUGGCGACCAUGCGCUUGCGACCAUGUGGUCCCUUGGGGCCCAGUAAUCUGCGAUGGCUCCGGUCUUCGACCCGUUUGCCGCGCUCGACUUGCCACGAGAUGCCUCGACCGAGACGAUCAGGUUGCAGUACCGGCGCCUCGCUCGUCGGUAUCACCCAAACAGGCACCAACUGGCCGACUCGAAUUCAGCUCUCUCAGAGCAGUUUCACACGGUCCACCAGGCCUGGAAGCAUCUUGCGGACCCGGACAAGCGACGCCGUUAUUUAGUGUUCCUACGAUUUGCCGAGGAGCAGGAAGACUUGCUGGCGCGCAUGGCAGACCUGCUCUCGAACGAGGGUAAUAAAGCUGGCAAAGAGGGCGAACAGCAUGAGCCGGGGUCCGGCUACGUCUCGAGCGAACCCGACGACGAUGUGCUGCCUCAUAUCGGCUUGACGCGAAGGCGGACGGUCCUGGAACGAGCCAUGAGCGUCAAGAAACCAAUGACUGAUCCGGCCAUGGCUCGCACCUCUGCCAAGCGUGACCGAUCACACCAUGCUCGAUCCACGCAAUCUGAAAUGGCGGACGGGAAGACCAAAGAAGCCGACUACUUCUCGCUGCGGCGGAAGGAGCUCGAGAGGCUGCGUCGCAAAGAGCUAUUAGCUUUCGAGAAGUACCGGAGAGCUAUGGUGAAGAAGUUUGAGACGGAGCUCGAAGUAGAGCAGACCUGUGAACGCUACGAACGUAGCAAGUGGCAGAGAGAGUACUUUGAACGAGCGCCUCGUCAAACCACCGAACGUCUUCGUUCGUUCCAACACUUCAUGAGCGCUUAUAGAGCGUUCGGACAGCAACCGUUACGCAGACGCGCCAGCUCAAUCAUAUCCGAUGGAGGCGGCCAGAUCCUGUCAACAGAAGACCUCGUUGAAACAGGAAGCUAUCUCGCGCCGGAUACUCUGGCUUCAUCUACUAGGACGAGAUCUCUGCACAAGCGCGGGUAUAGCAGCGAUAUCACAGCCGAUCACAGCAGUAGUGAUGAGAACGAAGAUAGCGUCAAUGCGACCGUGGGAUUGUACAGAGCAUGGCAUCGGCGCCAUGACCGCAACACUACGAUCGAUCUGUUUCAGCUACCAUACACCACCCACAAGGACCAUAUUGGGAACGACACGAGUUCCAGCCCCGGCCCUUUCCGGAUGGUGGUAAAGCAGCCAACAGGACUGGAUGACCGAAUGGUUGAGCAAGACAGCAGUCCAGAAUCUGGCUCUGGCACUUCACGGUCUCCUUCGCCAGCCCCAGUUGAUGAUGGAAAUAGCUUUACGCUGGUCAACUCCCGGCGACUAGCAGAGGCACUGAACCCGGGUCGAAGGCGCAGCCCUUCUCCAUACGGUCGGGACCAACGUCUCCCUCGGAGCAACAGUGCAUCACGCAGAUCGUCCCCAGAGUCUCAAGAUACCGGCGCAUUCAUGAUCAAGCCUGUCGAGGUGUCCCUACUUAGCCAUAUCCCAGUCAACCAAGUUCACGUUCUCGGUUAUACGGAAAAAGCGAAUGUGUUAGGGGUAGCGGCAGACGCUGAAAUCGAUCCUUCGGCACUGUUAGAGCGGCUGACUCGACUCGAUGCCAAUGUCGCGGCGAACUUCAUGUUGAAACCAGACACCAAGGAAUCAUUCAUUUUCCGACUCAUCUACGAGAAUCGAAACGUAAGCGAGCGAAACCGUUCCUUCAUCGCUUUAAGCUACCGCAGACGAGUCCUCGUGCAGAAGCAUCAUGAUUACUACACGCUUCCACUUGAGAAAGCCUUGUUCAAGGCUGUUUUAGAUGAGCGCGCAUCAAGCGCCGAAGGUCUCUGGAUUGAUCAGAUAUGCAUCGACGGAACUAGCCGAGACGAGACGACGAUAUCCAUGUCUGCAAUGGACAUGGUAUAUAGAAGUGCCCGCAUAGUUGUCGUUGCUCUUGACGAUAUCCACUUCGAUGCUCAUGAAGGCGAAAUGCUCGAGAACCACAUGGCGGAGUUUGCCAAAUUGACACAUGUGCCGGCAAGGAAGCGCUUCCGAGGCAAAGAGCGGCCUUACCUGGGCCAGCAUGAUGAGAUGUACCAAGUCUUACGGAAGCUCCUACGCUCAUCGUGGUUCAAGCGGGCCUGGUGCAGACAUGAAAUGAGGCUUGCCAGGGAACAUGUCUUCCUUGUGCCUUGUAAAAGUCCCGGCAGCUGGAGCGGCCACAGCGUUGUGCGAUUCACAGGCGCUUGCCUGACCCAUCUCCUCGGUCUGGCGAGUGAGGUUCCAUUCGAGUCAGACAUUGAGCAGGUGAAGCCAGCGCUACAUGCGUUCUUCCGCGAUCGAAAUAAGCUGGUAGCUCAUGAGAGGCACUUGAAUGCGCAUCAUGGCAACUUCACCACGGUGGUUGCAGAAGUCUUCAGCAUGGAGACCGGAGGAGAUCCCCGAAUCCCGCCAAGGCAGCGAGCUGCAGAUGCGCUCAAGGACAAGAUAUCCAUAAUCUUAAACACCAUGGAAUGCGGCCUCGCAAUUACGCCGGCGAUGAGAGACCCGGGCAUGUCUUUGACGAAAGCGGAAUGUCAGUAUAUGCUGCUCACCAUGGCACUCGCGGCGCAGGAUCCCGGCGCACUUUGUUCGGUUGGACCUCCAAUGCGGCUCGUCCAAGCAGACACCGACUCACCACUAUCGCCGACUGCGUCAUCCACAUGGCUCUUCGAACCAACAAACGUGGACUCUGGCCUCAAUAACUACCGGACGCUGAACAGGCUCGAUCCGAAGGCGCGCAUCGAGACGGGCGUGUCAGCUGGAGAGCAUUUUGUUCAGCUUGAUUUAAAGUUUCUACAGAGCGGACCAGUGCGUCGCGGUUGCGAAGAUGCGCGAAGCCUGGAGAUUGCUUGUAACAUUAUACACUUCUGCCAGGACCAGAAACUGGGUCGCAACCGGGGCCGUUACCUGAUCGCUGACGCCUCUGCCAACCGUCAUUUUGGGUCGAUGUUCGAUGUCUACAGCCAGACACUCGCAUGCGUUUACGAGUGUGGGCCAGAUUGGGUGGAAGAUGUGUGCAUGCGGUAUGGUGUUAGCCGAUGGCGACGAGACGGCGAAAGUGCGUGGAACUUGCUGGUAGCGCUGAGAAACACUUACGGAAAGUGGCCGCAGAGCGCUUGGGACAUGCAAGCGGCGGCUUUCAUUAUGGACUUUGUGAACUUCCUGGUCAUAAGAGGGAUGCCACAGCGUCACAUUCUACACUACGAAGAAUGGAGACCGGUUUGGGUCGCCACUGAGAACGGCGGCAAGAUCCUCACAUAUGCGCCCUCACGCGCUGUAUGUCCGGCCAUACCGACGGCACUUUUGGAUCCGGACUACGUGAAUCUCGCGCGAUUGUGGCUGUUGGAGCCAAGAGAGUCACAUGGAGUCGAUGGACGACCUACCAGCCGCUGGACUAUCCUGGGUAAAUCGGUCAUCUUCAGCGACGAUCUAGCGGAGCAGCAGUUGGACAGUAGAGGAGGUGCUUGCAGUGCAGACCAAAUGGUCUUUGGUCGCGAGGAUCCAGAAAUACAGCGGCUGCUGCGCGAAAGGUCUAUGGGAUUUCCGUCAUGAUACCCCUGUAUUGUAGAAUGCUUAUGUUGUGCCCAGCGUGGUGUCUCGGGGGAGCGUGCAAUUCGAGCAGACAAUCUGACACGCAAGACUAGGGUAUGCUUCUGUGAGCGAGCCGACGGUGUCCAAGUAGGGCCACCUCCACAAGCCUUCAUCGCACGUGUUUCAAGAUCAAUUCAUACACAUUAUCGACGACUGUGCGCCAGGUGACAUUGGUCGGAACCGGA